CUUUCCACGUCGCGUGCAUGUGUCUGUGGUGAAACUGUCGAAUAUCGGUGGUGUUGUACUAAAUCAGUACUAGUACUACCAGUAGUCAGUUGACUUGAAGGCAAACCAUGGCUGCAAGUCGUAGAGCCAUCAAGGCCAUCAACUGGGCUGCUCUGACCGAGCGCAUCCACGAGUCCGAAAGGAACACCCUGACCGCCUUCAAGGCCAAAUCCGACCUGUACCUACGUCAGCUUCAAGCAAAUCCUGAAAAUCCGCCUAAAAUAGACUGGUCAUUUUACAAAAAGAAGAUCGCCACUCCUGCAUUAGUUGAUAAAUUUCAGAAAGAAUAUGAAUCGCUGAGUAUUCCUUACCCCCAGGAUAAAUACAGCUCCUUAAUCGAUGAGCAAGAGAAAUUAGGGCAAGAACAUGUAAAAAAGUUUAUCAGCGAAUCCAAUGAACGCAUAGAGAAAUUCAAGAAGGAACUUGAGCACUUGGGAAGUUUGUUGAAAUAUGGUGAAAUGACUAUGGAGGACUUUGCAGAAGCACAUCCAGAUCUUGCCCUAGAUCCAAUUAAUAGACCAACAAUCUUCCCCCAUACACCCGACGUGCAACCAGAUGCUGAAGAUUCAAAAGAAAAAUCACAUUAAAUGUGCUCCAUCUUACUGCUAUAUUUAAUGUAGUUAUUAAAUGUUUCACUGAUUGAGUUUUUAAUUUAAAUCAUUGUAUAAUUUCAAAUUGUUCAUUUUAAAUCAAUCUUGUAUAAUAUACAAAUUAAGGAGCAGAUCUUGAAAAAUAUAUCUGCUUUGUUAUAAAAA